AUGAUUCGCUGUGGGCCAGAACCAAUUGUAACAAGGGAAAUGUUGAAAUAUAGACGUUAUAUGGAUAAUAUAGGAAAAUGGUUGCAGAAGACUGGUUAUACUUCUCGUGUACUUGAUGACGCUACAGCUGCAUUCAUUACAACUGUGAUUAAAAAAAUGGGUCCCACAGCUCCAAGAUUAUGCCACAAAGAUCCUUCAACAUAUAUAUACCUUAAAGACUUGGGUCUUUUGUUUCCGAAGGCUAAAUUUAUUCUCAUGAUACGUGAUGGACGAGCUGUUGUCGCUUCAACUAUCGCGUAA